AUGUUGUCCAAAAAGGAAGAGAAGCGAUCCUUCAGCAACGGAUCGCUGAGAGACCAGUGGGAGAAGAGAGCCCAGAACAUGGAGGACCAGUGCAAACAGGAGGCUGAAUUUAGGCGGAGAAGCUCCCUUAAAGUUCUGUUCUCUAAGUGGACGUAUCACUGGUCUAACGGAGACCAGGCCAAGGACCAGAUUUCUGACUUCAGGAGGGUUACGACACAAACAGAUGAAGCAGAAAAAAAGCCUAAAAUCAAAUUUAAAAUCGUUCCUCCACCUCCAAAACCCAAAGCUGAGCCUCCUCCUCCUCCACCUCCCACCAGGAGGUCCUCCUCCCCCAAACCUCACAUGCAGAAGCGUAAGGUGGAAGUAGACAUUUUUCGGUUGUGCUGGAGGGAGUCCUGGAAGAGCCGGAAGCCUCCAAAGUACCUUUACCUGAAGGCCAAAGAGGCUAAAGAAAGGAGGGCAUUGCUGAUGGCCAUCGAGUUUCCCAAAAACAAGAAAUACAAAUCCAAGGCGUUUGGAUCGGAAGCGGAAUGGAUGAGUCUGAGUUAUAAAUGGAGUCAUUCCUGGAAGCAGGUGAAAAGUCCAUCUCAGUCAGAGCACUCAGAGAACACAGACUUCCUGUGGGACAUCCUGUUUGAAAAGACGAUGGGCAGCAAGGUGGAAAUAGGAGAAUAUCGACUUCCGGUUUGGGCUGGAACCUGGAAGAUCAUGAACUUUCCCUUCAGGCAGCAGAAGAAGAACUGGGACUGUGGUUGGGAAAACUACCAGCAGGAUCCAAGCAGCAAGACGGACAAACUCUGCCUGAUUGAGCAACAGAUGGAUCAGGAGGAGCCUGAAGGCUGGGAGGACUCAUGGAAACUCUCUGGAGCAGAGUUUGAUGCAGAAGAUGUAGAGGAGGAGAGCUUUUCCAUCAGUGAAGGCUCAUUGGCAGUGAGCAUGAAUGAGUGGCUGAUGCCAGGAUGGAGCAGAUGCUGCCUGCUGGCUGCAGCUCCUCCUGACGAGUUCGAGGAACGAAAGAAAAGCUGGAGUUCCAGUUGGGGAUUCCAGCAGCAGAUCAGAUGGUGCGGCGGCUCCAUCUCCUCUCAUCACAAACACAGCAGCAAUCUGAGCAGGAGAAGGAGAACCAUAACCUCCCUCCUCACAGCCAGCCUCUCUGAGGAGAGCACUGACCUCAGCGAGUGGACGGAGGCCUGGAAGGCUCCAAAAGCACAGAGUAAACUAGAAGCUGAUGAUGAGCUGGAUGAAGAGGAAACAGGGAGUGAAACUGAGGAAAAUGAGGAAGAUGAAGCAGAUGACAGCCAGGAUGAGGGAGAAGAGGAUGAAGAGGAUGAAGGAAUGGAGGAGGAGAAAGAUGAAGAGGAGGAGGAACAAUUUAACAGAGAUGAGGAGAAGAAGGAGGAGAGCAGGAAUAAAAUAUUCCAAGAUUUUAACAGGAAGAUUGAGCAGGAAAUAGGUGAUGAGGAGGAAGAUGAAGGGGUAGAUGAGGAGGAGGAAGAUGAAGAUGAUGAAGAUGAUAAAGAGAAAGAAAAUGACAAAACAGAGAGAGGAGAGGAUGACGAGGAGGAGGAAGAGGAGGAAGAAGAGAGUGGAGAAGAGGCUGUCAUCACAACGAAGGAGAGGGAGGAAGAUGUCACUGAAGAGGAGGAAGAGGAAGAUGAAGGAAAAUUGGACAGUGGUGAUGAAGAGGAGGAAGAAAAAAACGAUUCAGCUGAAAAAGAAAGAAAGGAAAAGAUCAAUGAGGGGGAUGAAGAAUUAUAUGAGGAAGAGGAGGAAAACCCCAAAACAAAAACAAUCGAGUUUCCAGAAUCUAUUACUGAUCAGGAGAAGGAGAGAGGAGAGGAGGAGGAGGAGGAGGAGGAGAAAGAGGAGAAUGAGAUUACAGAGAAGCAUGAGGAAGAGAAUGAGGAUGAGGAGGAGCAGGAGGAGGAGAAAGAGGAGAAGGAGAUGGCAGAGGAGCAUGAGGAGAAGGAGUCAGGGAAUCUUGCUAAAAAAGAGGAAAUAGGACUGGAAAACAACAGAGCAGGAAAUGACGAGGAGGAGGGAAGGAAAACAACCAAAGAGGAAGAAGAACAGGAAGAUGAAACGGACGACGAAGAGGAGGAGGAUUUUCUGGACUUUGAUGAUGAAAGAAGUGAAAAUAAACAAGAAGAAGAGAAGCAGAUUCAUGAAUUAAAGAAGAAGAAUAAAUGUGAGGAUGAGGAGGGACAGGAAACGGAAGAGGAAUAUGAAGAUGCAGAUGAUGAAGGCCCGGGGAAGGAAAAAACAAACCAGCAUGAUGAAGACUUGAACCUGGAAGGGGAGGAGGAGAAGGAGGAGGAGGAGGAGAAGGAGGAGGAGGAGGAGGAGGAGGAGGAGGAGGAGGAGAAGUUUAAAGAGGAAGAAAAGAUUUACACAGAGGAAAAACAGAAAAAUGAAGAUGAUGAUGAUUGCCAGGAGUUAGAUGAGGAAGAGGUGCAAGACCAAAAACUGAAAAGAGAAGAAGAGGAGGAGGACAAAAACACAAAACAAAUGUUUGAGGAAGAUGUUGAAGAGGAAGAUGACCAGAUUCACAGUCUGGAAGAUGAAGAUCAGCAGAAUAAAGACAACGAUGAAGAGGAUGAAGAUAAGAUGGAAGAAAACAAAGACCCAAAGGAGAAAAAUGAUGAAGAGGAGGAGGAUGAAGAUGCAGCCAUUCACAGGAAGGAGAAGCAAACAGAGAGCCGGACGAGGAGUUCAGAGGAGGAAGGCAAGGAGGAGGAGGAAAGCUGUGAAGAAGAGGAGGAUGAAGAAGUAGACCAAGAGGAAGAGGAUGACAAAGAUGAAGAGGUUGAAGAAAUAAACAAAGAAAAGGAGGAGGAGGAGAAGCAGGAGGAGGAGGAGGAGGAAGAGCAGCAGGAGGAGGAGGAUGAAAGCUGUGAAGAAGAGGAGGAUGAAGAAGUAGACCAAGAGAAAGUGGAUCACAAAGAUGAAGAGGUUGAAGAAAUAAACAAAGAAAAGGAGCAGGAGGAGGCGCAGGAGGAAGAGGAGCAGGAGGAGGUUUAUGGAGAUGAAGAUAAAGAGACAGAAGAGCGACGCAGGCAAAAGAAGAAGAAACGAGUCCAAAACGUUCCUCUUCAUCUUCAGUUCCACAAACUGAACGCCUCCUUCUCAUCCUGGAGGCGCUCGUGGAUGCUGGCUGUCCCUCACAGAGGAGGAGACGAAGGAGCUGAGGAGGCAGACCAGGAGGAAGAUGAGGGAGAGGAGUGGCGGGCCUGGAAGGAGUCCUGGAGAAUCUGUCGAUGGAAGAAACCAGAUGAAGAUGAGGUGAUUUGCUUCUCCUCGGAGCACCGGAGUCAUCGACAAGCUGGACUGAAGGAGGAGGAAGGAGAACCGGCCAGGGAGUGGACUCUGAGCUACAAAAUGAACACAGCAAAAGGAGGCGAGGAUGAGGAGGAAGAGGAGGAUGAGGAGGAAGAGGAGGAAAGUUGAAACGUGAUCAAAUAUUUUGAACUGAGAGACUUUAAUGAUUGUGAGGAAGCAGAGGAAGCAGCCAGCUCCUUUAAAUCUCUAAAACCUUCCAGAACUUUUCCAGAACUUUCUAAAUCCUUCUGAACCGUCAGAGUCAUUUCUGCGACACGUAGAGGAGAGCUGCUCGCUUUUAUUUCACUUCCUCUAACUUUCAGGAAACUCCUGGAAGUUCCAACAAAACACCUGAAGUAACCUCUAAGCUUUGCCACUGGUCUGUAAAUGUCUGUUUAUAGUUGAACAAAAAUUUACAUUUUACAUCCAAACAGUUAAUAAAUGAAUUCAAAUGAUGAAUUAA